GGGGAGCCGGGCGGAGAGGGGAGCGGAGCGGGGAGCGUAGCGGCACGGCACGGCACGGAGCGCGGCGCAGCCUCGGGCAGGCAGGCAGGCGGGCGGCGCGGCACCGCACUGCACUGCACGGCACGGCACCGGCGCGGCUUCGCCGGUGGUAGAGCUAUGCCUCGGCUGCCCGGGGACACGCAGAGACUCCGCCACUGACAGCGGCCGCUCCCUGCGCUCCACAUCACGUUUGUCGGCGGCGGCGGCAAAGAGGAGGACCUGGGCAUUAACUAUCUCGACUUGGAGACUUUGCUUUAUUUUUGGUUCUUGUCCUUUCCCGUGGAGCCAGUCGUCUCUCUCGAGUUGAUCCUCCUUUAAAAAAAAAAAAAAAAAAAGGCGAAAGAGGGGGGUGGGGGGGAAGAGCAGCUGGAGUUUCUCCUCGGCUCGUUUUGACUUUUGUGGACGUGGAUCAUCUGGACUGGGAAGGGAAGCCGCGCUGCGCUGCUCUCCCCUUUCCCACCCCCUCGCCCCUCCAGCAGCCUGGGCUGCCGGGUCUCCCUCGAGCAGGACGGGAACUUUUAUUUGCAGCUCGCAGCCCGUGGCGAAUGGUGGGAAUCUCCGGUCCUUUGCAGUUAAGCACAGCCUGACACGUCUUGUGGCCUUUACCUUCUGCGAUAAAAAAGAUUGAAAAGAUGCUUGGCACCACCUGGUGAAGAUGAGGCAACCCUGGAGAACUGUGCUUCAGGAGCAGGUGCGAUCCAGCAUCCAAAAUAAAAGACAGUUGGUGUGACAUGCAGCAUCGAGGAGGAGCUGACUUGUAUCUAAUAAUGAGUAUUUUCUCACACUCUGUCUAGACAGUCAGUCAUGUAAACACAAGAUGUCUUUAAUGGCAUCAUCUGAUGAUGUGAAAUGAUAGUCUUCCAAAGUGUGUAUUUCCUCAAAUGCCGACGUACUGAUUAGGGUAAUAAAUUGCACUGCUUAAAGAUUGUCAGUGUAUAAUACCAACACAAGGGAAAAAAGCGUAGUUACACUUUUCUGUUGCGGGUAGCGACAGUAAGUAACAGUGGCAGGACCUGAAAGAUGUCUCAUUAUGUGUUUUUCAUUGGGACAUCGAUGCCUGUCUUGGCUGGAUGAAUAGAAACCAAGGAGCCUUGUGACUGAGGAUCACUGUUUCUCCUGUAUGUCAGUCAUACUGUCAUAGCAGUCUGAAUGUCUCUGGCUCUCACAAGGCAAAUCUACAUCUAAAUCUCACCUACAUCUAUACAGGAAUAUUUAUACCAUCUGACUUAGCAGCCUCAGGAAUUAAAAACCCAGAGGCUCUAACUCUUUACUAAUUAUAUAGGGAGUCUAGUGUGAUAAUUUAGCUGUCUGUAUUAGAUGUCAGAAAUUAACAGACUUUCUUGGACUGGACUGAUACUUGCUGGAGACGGAGUUUGGGUGUCUGUGCUUUCUGUCUUACAGAUCGCACUGAGAAGCAUUCCACAAUGCCAGACUCACCUGUGGAUGUGAAGACACAAUCCAGGCUGACGCCUCCAACCAUGCCACCUCCUCCCACUACCCAAGGAGCUCCAAGAACCAGUUCAUUCACGCCCACAACGUUAACCAAUGGCACUAGCCAUUCACCAACAGCGUUAAAUGGAGCUCCAUCUCCUCCUAAUGGCUUUAGCAAUGGGCCAUCCUCUUCCUCUUCCUCUUCUCUGGCUAACCAGCAGUUACCACCAGCUUGUGGAGCUAGGCAACUCAGCAAACUGAAGAGAUUUCUUACAACCUUACAGCAGUUUGGCAAUGACAUUUCACCAGAGAUUGGGGAGAGAGUGCGUACCCUUGUGCUAGGACUUGUGAAUUCUACUUUGACAAUUGAAGAAUUUCAUUCCAAACUGCAAGAAGCUACUAACUUCCCACUGCGACCUUUUGUCAUCCCAUUUUUAAAGGCCAAUCUGCCCCUGCUGCAGCGGGAGCUGCUGCACUGUGCAAGGCUAGCCAAGCAGAACCCAGCCCAGUACCUCGCCCAGCACGAACAGCUGCUUCUGGAUGCCAGCACCACCUCACCUGUUGACUCCUCAGAGCUGCUUCUCGAUGUGAACGAAAACGGGAAGAGGCGAACUCCAGACAGAACCAAAGAAAAUGGCUUUGACAGAGAGCCUUUGCACUCAGAGCAUCCAAGCAAGCGGCCCUGCACUAUUAGCCCAGGCCAGCGGUACAGUCCAAAUAAUGGCUUAUCUUAUCAGCCCAAUGGUCUGCCUCAUCCCACCCCACCUCCACCUCAGCAUUAUCGUUUGGAUGAUAUGGCCAUUGCCCACCACUACAGGGACUCAUACAGACACCCCAAUCACAGGGACCUCAGGGACAGAAACAGACCUAUGGGAUUGCAUGGCACACGUCAAGAAGAAAUGAUUGAUCACAGGCUAACUGACAGAGAAUGGGCAGAAGAGUGGAAACACCUUGACCAUCUGUUAAACUGUAUAAUGGACAUGGUGGAAAAAACUAGGCGAUCUCUCACUGUACUACGGCGCUGUCAAGA